AGAUGAUCAUUCUUGUUUAUACCUAACAAAUUUAUAAGAAGAAUUUAAUUAUUUUAUUUAUCUUAAAUAGAUCUCUAAUCAGUAAUAUAUAUAUAUUUAGGUUGAUAAGAAAUAAAUUCUAAUAAAUAUAAUAUUAUUUUCAAUUUAUUGAGAAUAUUCUUUUAAGUUAAAUAUUUAUAAUAAAUAAUAAAAUUUGAAUAAAAAAAAAAAAAGUGAAAUAAAAUGAUUUAGAUGUAAUGAUGUUCAAGAAUUAACAUCAAUAAUAACUCAAUUUAAUGAUUUAUCAUCAACAGCUCGUGUUGGUGGAACAUUAACAAGUACAAUGGAUGCAAUGCUUGCUGAUAUUCAAUUAAAAUGUUCAAAAUCUCUUGAAAUAUUUCAUAAAUCAUGUCCAAAUCUUUCACAUUUAAUGGAUAAUGAUCGUUUUGAUUUAGCAUUUUUUCGUUUAAGAACAGAAUUAAAACAUUUUGAACAUGAAUUAGCAUGGAUAUUACGACAAUGUUUUUCACGUGCAACAACACUUUCAGCUAAAUUAAGAUUAUUAGAUGUUUUUUAUGGAGCAUAUCAAAGAGAAGUUGUUCAACGUGCACUUAUUAAUGAAGAACAAUGGAUUAUUGAUAAUAUAAAACAAGAAUUUCAAUUAGUUGGUCAAUUAGUUAAUUCAUAUAAUAAAAAUGAUUUACAUUGGCCACCUAUAGCACGAAAAUUACUUUAUUUAUAUGCUCUUAAACAAAGAAUUGAUCUAGUUAUGAAUCAAUUUAUUGAACUUUGUCCAAAAAUAAUAAAUAGUGAUAUUGGAUGGGAAAUUCGAGAAGCUUAUAGAAUUGCUAAAGACAAAAUUCAACGAAAUGAAGAUGAUCUUUAUAAUCAAUUUGAACAAUCAGCAACAAGUCAAAUAUCUGAUCUUUUACUUCAACCAGUUUUUGUAAGUUUUUUUUAAUUUAAAUUCGAUAUUCGAAAUUGUUUUAUAUAAUGAUAAUAAUAUUUUCUUUUAUUGUUUAUUUAUUAUUCAACUGAUCACUUUUCAUAAAUCUUAUCUUUUUAUCAUAAUUGACUCUUUACUUCAAUCGAUUCUUCCUUUUUUUUCUAAUCAUUUUUAUUAAGGUUAAAAUUAAUCUAAUAUGAGUAAACAAACAAAUAGAUUGGUUAUAGAUCGAUUUAAAUCUAUUCAUUUAUCGUGUCUGAUCAUUCAUUUUUCGUUUCGAAUUUUGUUAAAACUCUAUUGAAAUAUUCAAUAAAUUUAUUAAAUAAAAUAAAAUAUUGAUCUUCGUUUAAAUAAAAGAAAAUCUUCUAAAAUUUUAUUAAACUAUUUUAAUUGAUUCUUUUUAUAUUUGAUAAUAAUUGAAAAAAUAGUUAUUUAAUUAAAUUUAUUUGAUUAUUCUAUGUUGAUCUUAAAUAAAAUAAAAUUUAAUUAAAUAUUCUAAAGAGAAUAAUUAGUUAUAGACGAGAUAAGAUCAAUUGAAUUUUUUUAUAAAAGAUCGAUAAGAAGAGAUUCUUUUUUUUCGUUUGAAAUUUCUUCGAAUUGAAUAGAUUAUUCGAAAAACUUCUUUCAUUUAUUUAUUCAAAAAGAAAAAAAUCUUUUCAUUUCAAUAAAUAAUUUUCAUUAAAUUAAUCAAUUUAAAUAUAUCGAUUUAUUUAUUAUUUAAUUAUUGUUUAACUAAAUUAAAUAGAAGUUUAAUAAAACAUUUUUUUUCAAUAAUUAUUUCCGAAUGAUAUAUUUAUAAUGAAGUUAAAUUAAUUAUCCAAAUAUAAUUAAAUAGAUUAAUUAACAUAUUAAGAAUAUUUUCAAAGGGUUAAAUAAAUCUCUCUAUUUUCAUUCAUUUAAACAAAUUUAUUUCAAACUUCAUCGAAAUUCUUUACAUUUAACUAUAUAUUAUUAUCUCACUAUUAUAUUCAUAGAGGUGACCCCCUCACUCUCCUCAAUAUUGAAAAAUUUUCUUUUUUUCCCAGCAAAAUUCCAACGUUUUUUCGUUUUUUU